AUGCCGUUGGUUCCAGCUGCCUUCUGUUUAAUUUUGGAUCCAGCUCCCUUCUGUUUACAGUUGGAUCUAGCUCUCUUCUGUUUUCAUUUGGAUCAAGCUUUUUCUUGUUUAAUGUUAGAUCCAGCUUUCGUCAUUUUCGUUUUGGAACCAGCUUUCUUCUCUUUUCUUUUCUUUGGCAUCCAGCUUCCUUGUAUGCAGAUUUCUCCUGAUUACUUUCUUCUGUUUACUUUUCGAUCCAGCUUUCUUCUAUUUACUUAUGGUUACAUCUUUCUUCUUUUCACUUUUGGAUCCAGCUUUCUACGGUUUAUUUUGAGAUCCAGCUUCCUCCUGAAUACGUUUCGAUCCAGAUUUCUUCUCGUUGUUGUUGGAUCCAUAUCAAAAUUCGACCAUAUCUAUCUAUCUAUCUAUCUAUCUAUCUAUCUACCUAUCUAUCUCUCUCACUUGUUUAUCUAUCUAUCUAUCUAUCUAUCUCACUUUGUUCAUAUAUCUAUCUAUGCAUCUAUCUAUCUAUGUAUCUAUCUAUUUCACUUUGUUCAUCUAUCUAUCUAUCUAUCUAUCUAUGUAUCUAUCUAUCUAUCUAUCUCACUUUGUUCAUAUAUCUAUCUAUGUAUCUAUCUAUCUAUGUAUCUAUCUAUUUCACUUUGUUCAUCUAUCUAUCUAUCUAUCUAUCUAUCUAUCUAUCUAUCUAUCUAUCUCACUUUGUUCAUCUAUCUAUCUAUCUAUCUAUCUAUCCUAGUAUAUCUAUCUAUCUAUCUAUCUCACUUUGUUCAUCUAUCUAUCUAUCUAUCUAUCUAUCUAUCUAUCUAUCUCACUUUGUUCAUCUAUCUAUCUAUCUAUCUAUCUAUCUAUCUAUCUAUUUCACUUUGUUCAUCUAUCUAUCUAUCUAUCUAUCUAUCUAUUUCAUUUGUUCAUCUAUCUUUCUAUCUAUCUAUCUAUCUAUCUAUCUAUCUCAUUUAUCUAUCUAUCUAUCUAUCUAUGUUCAUUCUAUCUAUUUCACUUUGUUCAUCUAUCUAUCCUAGUAUAUCUAUCUAUCUAUCUAUCUCACUUUGUUCAUAUAUCUAUCUAUCUAUCUAUCUAUCUAUCUAUCCUAGUCUAUCUAUCUAUCUAUCUAUCUCACUUUGUUCAUCUAUCUAUCUAUCUAUGUAUCUAUCUAUCUAUUUGUUCUAUCUAUCUAUUUAUUUAUCUAUCUAUCUAUCUAUCUAUCUAUUUCACUUUGUUCAUCUAUCUAUCUAUCUAUCUAUCUAUCUCACUUUUGUUCAUCUAUCUAUCUAUCUAUCUAUCUAUCUAUCUAUCUAUCUAUCUAUCCUAGUAUGUUUAUCUAUCUAUCUAUUUCACUUUGUUCAUCUAUCUAUCUAUCGGAUCUUUCAUAUUUUGUUUAUUGACAUUUUUCAGUGGUAUUUUUAUCUAUUUUUGCAUCUAUCUAUCUAUCUAUCUAUCUAUCUAUCUAUCUAUCUAUCUAUCUACAGGUUGCGAUGGAUAAAAUGUCGUCUAAAUUAA